AUGGGGCUCUGUUUCAGCAAGAAGCAGCAGGACAAGCCGCCGCCGCCGCUUGUGACGCAGCCGAGCGCGGCUGCGGCCACCACCAAGCCCAAGAAGCCCGCCAAGGUCGCCGCCGCCGCCGCGGUGGUCGCCGGCGAUGACAAUGCCAAGAAGGCGCCGCAGCCGAGGAGGGCGUCCAACGCGGAGGAGCCCGCUGCGGCCGUCAAGAAGGCGGCGCCGGUCGUCGUGAAGGCUAGCAAGGCGGUCGCUGGCGGGGAGGAGGAGGAGAAGAAGGAGGAGGCCAGGCCGGUCGUGGUGGUGGCUAAGGGGCCGAUGCCGGUGCGUACGUCCAGCUGCACCAAGGAGGAAGUGGACGCCAUCCUCAUCCAGUGCGGGCGGCUCAGCCGGAGCUCGUCCGGUAAGGCGCCGUCCGGCGAGACCGGGGGCGGCCACCGCUCCAAGAGGAGCUGCGACUUUGAUCCAGCCGGGGCCGGUGGCGCGGACGAGGAGUGCGACUGGGAGAAGAACGGGGUCCCCGUGUCGAGGCCGUCGCCCCACCGGGGCUCGCCCCAGAGGAAGCGCUCGGGGAGCCGGGAGAGGACCAGCGGCGGGAGCCGUAGGUCGAGCCGAUCGCCCGGACGGCGUGGCGAAGGAGGUGCGCCCUCUGCGACCUCGGCGGGCUCCGGCGCUGCCAGACAGCAGCCCGGGAAGAUGGUCUCCGUUCCGGCGAGGGAGAAGGUGCGCGCCCCGUCGCCCGCGGCCGCGUCCGGGAAGAGGUGCGCGUCUCCGCGAUCGAGCUCGCCUGCGAGGGUGACCGCGGCCAAUGAGAAUGCUGGAGGGGGACAGAAGACGGCGGCGCAAACGCCGGCGCUGAGCCGGAGCUCGUCAAGGAAGGCCGAGCAGUCGCCGCUCCGGCGCAGUCCCAUGGCCGAGAUCGACGAGAACUCCCUCCGAAAUAACAACAGCAGCACCAACACCAAGCCCCAGAAGAAAUCGACGGAGAUUGCCGUCGCCACCCCGACCCGGAAGACCACGGAGCGCGCAAAGGAGCAGAGUUCUCAGAAGGAGAAGGCGGAGGAGACCAUCGUUACGGCGUCGGAGACGAGAGCACCGUCGUCCAAGACCACCGAGACGCGCACGGUCGAGACCCCCGGCCGGAGGUCAGGCCGCCGGUCGCGCAGGGCGUCGCGCGACUUCGACCAGAACCCCGGCUUGUACGCCAGCCAUCUCCUCGAGGACAUCCAGCACUACCACACCUCCGCUACGGCCACCCCCGGAACGCCACCAUCCUUCACGCUACCGGCCUGCGUCUCCAAGGCGCAGUCCAUCGUCGACGCCGUCGCCGACCUCAACUCCUCAUCGUCGGAGAGCCGCGCCCGCGAGCCCGAUCGGAGCGUGGACGACAAGGCCUCUGUCAACGCGGCGGUCCGCGACGACGACCUUGACGCGCCGAGCGUGCACAAGUACGUGUCGGUGCGGGACAUCCGUGGCAGCGGGGAGACGGAGCUGCAGGAGUCCGCGGGGAGUAACAGCCUCUCCGGCAACCUCUGGACGCCGUCGUGCGAGUCCACGGACCGGACGUGGAGCGGCUCACGGUCGUCGAACAAUGGCGACGAGGUCGUCGAGCAGGUCACUAGCCACCACGGUGGCGCGCGCAGCCCGGUGAACCGGCCCAGGCAGAGCAAGCAGAGGGCGGCUGCGCAGUUUGAGCCAAGCGCCCGGUCGCGCGCCGGCAGCUCCGGCGUCAAUGCGCACCGUGGACGCAGCGCUCACCGCGGCAGCGGCAGCGUGGCGAGCGGCCGAUCGGGCGUCCGUGGCGUGUCGGCGAGCUCGUAGUGAGGGAGAUUAGGCAAGAUGUAUGAGAUGGUAGCGUUGCUAGCGGCAAGACGGAUUGCUGCUUUCACAGUCAGAUCUUAAGUGUUCUGUUUUGUGUUGGGUUGUUUGGCGAUGCAGUUCAGAUGUAGUGUUGCUAAUGUUAUCUAGACCUCAUUAUUUGGGAGCAAA